UCACACAGCAAACCUAGCAGAACUACUUGGGGAGCAUUGAAUUGCCAGGUGAUCUCACCAGGGCCUAUCUGAGAUCUUGACCAUUUAAUCCAGUGCAAGUCUAUUCAGAAAUAAGCCACUGUGUUUGCAAGGGGGCUUACUCUCCUGUAAAUGUCUAUAGCAGGAGUGGCAUUGUUGUGAGGCACUCACACCUCCAGUCGAACCAAAUGAGUGGCUACAGAAAAGCUGGUUCUUCCCACCCUUUCAUAGCCCUGCUUUUCUGCUUCUAAGAAUAGCCUGCCUCAUGGAAACUAUGUGAAUGUUUUCCACAGAGAAAGCUUUAUGUUUCACAUUUCUGUAAGAUAGGCUUCUGUUAGAGGCAUGGAAGCAAAGAAGACUGGCUUUUAAAAAAGCAAAAAAACACUUGAACUAUGUUAUACUUCAUCCCUUGGAACAUUUUCAGUGUAAUCCUCCUGCUUCUUUCAUUUUCUCCUGUAGAUCUACUCUAAAGUGACAAUAUUGGCCUACCUUACAGGGCUGUUGUAAGGAUUACUGUGAUCUGAGAAGCAUGUGAUAGGUAUGGGCAUGUCUGGUCCACAUGAACUGGAAAUGUUCAAAUGGCGCUUUACAUCCCAGCAAGUUAAGCUGACUGGAUGUUCCUUUUAUAUGAUGAGAUAUUUGACAUAGGGUGGGUUAGAAAUAUACUAAUAGUAGUAGUAAUAAUCUUCAAGUGCUUUUUUAACAUGAAAAAACAAAUAUGUCCCUGUAGCUUCCUUACAGUGCUUAACUCACCGUCUUCCUCUUUUUGUUGCUGCGAUCCAGGGAAACCUACUCUCUAUGGCACACUGACUUCUCAGGGGAUCAACUCAGACGGAAUUCCUGAAAUCACAGCCUCUGAAGGAUUUUCUGUCAGUGAAAUAACAAAGAAAAGUCUACUUGUCUCUUGCCCUUGUGAAAAUGCAUGCACCAAAUUUCUGGCACCCUACACUUCCUUCUGUAGAGUUCAUCAAAAAAGUAUCACGUGCCUCGACAUUUCUAGUGGUGGCGGACUUGGAGUGUCAACCAGUGCUGAUGGGACUAUGAAAAUUUGGCAGGCUUCAAACGGAGAAAUAAGAAGGCAUUUGGUAGGCCAUGUGUACGACGUGAACUGCUGCAGAUUUUUUCCAUCAGGCAUUGUGAUCCUGAGUGGGGGGAUGGAUGCCCAGCUAAAGAUCUGGUCGGCAGAAGAUGGCAGCUGUGCUGCAACAUUUCAGGGCCACAAAGCAGGAAUCCUGGACACAGCCAUCGUGGAUCGAGGAAGGAAUGUGGUCUCCAGCUCUCGGGAUGGCACUGCCCGCCUCUGGGAUUGUGGGCGAUCGGCCUGCCUAGGCGUAGUGGCUGAUUGUGGUGCCCCUGUGAAUGGUAUUGCUUUGAGUGAAGCUGACAACACCUUAAACCUGGGCUUACCUGAAAAAGUACCCAGUGAGCGUGAAACUGGAACAGAAGGGAAACUCUUGCUGCUGGCUCGAGAGGACAAAAAACUGCAGGGCGUGGGACUCCAAAGCAGGCAACCGAUUUUUCUUUUCGUUGGCUCCGAUGCUUUUAACUGCUGUACAUUCCUCUCCAGCAUCUACUUCCUGGGAGGGGCACAAGAUGGAAAUAUAUACCAGCUGGAUGUGAGAAAUACCAAGGCUCCAGUUCGAAUUAUUCAUAGAUCAGGAGCACCUGUCCUUUCCCUGAUGCCUUACAAAGAUGGAUUCAUUGCCAGCCAAGGGGAUGGAACCUGUUUUAUCAUGCAGCAAGACCUUGAUCAUGUUGUUGAACUCACCGGGCCAGAUUGUGAUCCUGUAUAUAAGGUAACACAUAUUCAAUGUGAUAACUUGUUUUAUUGUAUUUAAAAAAUUUUAUCCCCAUUUAUAAAAAUGCA